AUGCAGGAAGCUGCCCUAUCUGCCACCCGCGAGCGCCUCGACUCGUCCCUGCCCGCCGGCGCCGCCCCCGAGGUCCGACUAUUCCACGCCUGCCACAGCCGCCUGCAGGAGCUGGUGGGAAGCUGCGCGGCGCGCGUGGUCGCGUUCAACCUGGGGUACCUGCCUAGCGGUGACAAGCGGGUGACGACGAAUGCGGAGACCACAGUGGCGGCGCUGGAAGCGGCCCUGGAGGUGCUGCAGCCAGGGGGCCUGCUCACGAUCAUGGCGUACACGGGCCACCCCGGUGGCAAGGAGGAGUUUGAUGCGGUGGAGGCCCUGCUGCAGGGCCUCAGCCCCGCAUACUGGGUCAGCAGCGAGGUGCGGCUGGUCAACCGGCCGAGUGCGCCGGUGCUGCUGAUGGUGUGGCGGCGGUCCGACGCGGCGGAGGCGCCGGGGCGGGGGCCGGCGAGAUGA